GUAAAAAAUGAUUUAUUUCGGGGGCUUUUCGGUUUUUAUUAUUGUUGUCUGUGGACGGAAGCAGUACCUACAUAUGGAAGGCUGAAUUAAAUGUGUAAAAGGUAAUUAUGGUAUAAGGCAAAGUAUAAGGCAAGUUUGAGGCAAGGCACUAUAUUGAAGUCCAAUAAAAAAAUAUAGGUGCAUAUAAACAAAAGAUUUUAGAAAGUUAAAGAGGAUAUGAGGGAACUAGAAGUGAAGAUUGCAGAUGCAGAUUUGCAAAAGAAAUCAUUCACAAUAAGCAUACAAGUAUACAUUCCUACCCAGUAACUGCAAGUUGCUGCUAAUCAGCUCAGUACCUCGUAUCGUAUCAGAACUGUGAGGCUCAGCCCCACUGCUGCUCGCCUCCGUCCCCUACACGGGCCGCCAUGCUGCCGCGGUGUCGCCUGACGCGCCUGUGCCGGUUGGGACUGCGGCCGAUGAGUGCUGCGGCCGCCCCAGAGCCGGCUCCGUCCGUGUUCCGGACGAGCGUCAGUGACCCACGCGAGCACAGCCGCAGCGACCUCGGACGUCUGUACACGGUGGACCGCGAGGAUCACCGGAGACUGUUCCAGGUGACGGGUCUUCGGAAGUCUCUGUCCGCCCAAGCGCGCACCUUCUGUGAGCUGGCUCUGAUGGUGCGGCAGCCGGCGCUGAACGUCCUCGACAGCCUGCGCGCCUCGGACCCGAGUCGGCCGUCGCUGCGCUUCCUGCUGUACGGACCAUACGGCGGCGGAAAGAGCACCACGGUGGCGCACGUGCUGCACUGGGCGGCCGCCUCUGGCUGGCUGUUGGUACACUUUCCCGAGGCGGACCGCUGGGGGCUGCGGUUCCGCGAGGUGACGGCGUCGGCGUCCGACCCGCAGGCGGUCGAUCACCCCGUGGAUGCCGCGCUGUGGCUGGCGCACUUCCGCGCACAGAACGCCGCCCGACUGGCCGAGCUGGACCUGCGGACUGGCGAGACGUACACCUGGAGUCGCCGCGAGGCCACCGAGGCGGGCUCGCCGCUCACGGACCUGGUGGAGCUGGGUGUGACGCGAGGUAAGCACGCGUCCCAGUGUGUGCUGGCGCUGCUGGCCGAGCUGAAGGCGCACGCGUCGGCCGGCAGGUGCCGUCUUCUCAUGGCCGUGGAGAAGGUGAACGCCUUCUGGUGCGACUCGACGGCGCGACGUGAGGACGGCUCCACGGUGAAGUUUGGCGAUAUGACGGUGAUACGCGCCGCCGAGCAACUGCUGCGGCCCGACUGGAGCGGAGGUGCCGUGCUGACGACCAUAGCGCCCGUGCGCGGCGGCCCGGAGGGCUCCCACCUGCCGCGACACCAGCUGGGCGCCGACGGCUGGCGCGCCCUCGAGCCGUUCGUACCCAUACGUGUGGACGAUAUGAGCCGUGCAGAGACGUACACCAUGAUCGACUAUUUUCUGGAGCGCCGCUGGCUCCAGGCGCCGGCCGCCGCCACCGAACGGGGUAAGCAGGAGCUCUUCUUCCGCAGUGGCGGCAACCCUGGGAAACUGGCAGAGAUUUGCAGUAUGUACUGAGGUCUGAGAGUCCGGUGUGCUGCCGAGUUUGGUCCCCGAGUGAUGAAUGACUAGACGAUUUUUUGUUUUCUCUUUGGAUGGGUAUUUGCUGGUGUUACCGUUGUGGAGCAGGUGGCGGCACCUGUUCAUGCGCUAGUCCGCUGACAUGGUUCGUUGAUCAAGCUCUACCGAAGCCUCCAUCGACAUUUGCAAAUAGAUUGUAUGGCGCAUAGUGACAGUGCGUGAUUUUGUGCAUGACUGUGCAUUAGGUCGCGGAUGACGUUCGCUAAGAAAUUGAACACGGAAGGCAGAGUUCUUUGCAACAAAUCACAAUAUGAAAGCGGUAAAUACCCUUAGGAAAAUCAUUUGUACCCAGUACCCAUGCUGGUCAGCGACAGAUUGGUUGUUUGGUGGUGCUCUUGAGGCCAGGAUAUGCGAGUUCUUGCUUGUUGUGCUACUGAGUAUGACUGUAAUACGAAUGAAUGAAUAGAAACGUCUGCGAUUAAUAUCUGUGCCAGGCUUAUCGAUUGCUCUUGUACAGGAAUAAAUUGAAUAUUCGCUCUGUACAUUGUAA